AUGUCUGCUGAAGCACGUCAUGAAUUUAAUGCUAAAAGAGCACUUUCUUUAAAAAUGGCAAGACUGAGGGAUGAAGAAUUGUGUCGUUUGGGUGAUGAUAUGAAUACAAAAGGACAAGAACCAGAGGAUAGUCUUCGCACUGCUAUUGAACAAGCCAGAUUGCGUAGAGCCAAGAGAGCAGAAGCUGCUCGCGUUAAAUAUCAAAUGACAAGUGAACAGAGGAAAGCACAUAAUGCAAUGCGUGAUGCUCAGAGAAGGCAAAGAAAGCGUGAAUUGGAGGAUACUGUGACUGUUGUGAAACAAUGA